AUGAAAGGUGGAAAGUUGACCUUUGUUCAGACUUCUACUUGUCCUAAUGGACCUCCCAAAGGUGGUGUAUGGUUCCCAGUCUCAGUCGCAGUUCACGGUCAAGACAUACAAGUGUACCUCAGUGGGGUCCUGGUGGCGUCCAUCAAGUCCCAUUUCGCUCCAAGGGCCUGGGGAGGAGUUUUCACUUUUCAUGGUUACAAAAACGAGGUCCUCUUCAGGAAAUUCCGAAUUGCGCCUCAAACGUACAUCACUAAGAGAUGUAAAAAGAUAGUGUGAAACACCUAUGACACAAAAGCGGUACUUCACGCCAGUCAAUGACACAAUAAGAAAUUAGUAUCAUCAACGACUUUGUGUUACAAAGCCGUUCCAAAACCACUUGACGAGAAGUCUGCAAGUUCAUUAAAGAAGAAUCCCGAUUUCUCGAACCCUCGGUUUUUUGAAAUUUCGCGAUAAUUUGAACCAAAUUAAACCUAUAGAUAACUUCUCCUCACCAGUAACCACUUGACGAGAAGUCUGCAAGUUCAUUAAAGAAGAAUCCCGAUUUCUCGAACCCUCGGUUUUUUGAAAUUUCGCGAUAAUUUGAACCAAAUUAAACCUAUAGAUAACUUCUCCUCACCAGUCAAAACCUGUAAUUUCCCCCGAUUUUUCGAAUCUCCUGAUAGUUCGGACUAAUUUCCUCUUCACAAGGUGGUUCGAAAAAUAGGGAUUCCUCUACACAAAUAAACUUUAAAACGUGUUCUCCAAAAGUUGCAUGACCAGUUUGGCUUUUAUUAAAUGCUGACUCAUUUUGCUUCAUUUAAAGGCCAAUCAACAAGGCUGUAAAGAAGUCGGAUUCUUAAUUGCAAUCUCUAGUUUCAAUUUUUUAUUCUUUCGACUCGGGUAAUGUUUGAUAUCAGGUCGUAAGCACAUUUAAAAAUCACUGAAAUAGCUUUUAGUACACUUUAGUUGUUCUGCAAAGCUUCAAACAUAGCACACACCACCCUCGGAUCGGUCUCCUUAACUUAUGGGUUUAAUUUUACUUUUCCGACGAGUGUUCCUGCGUUCAUACGGGAGUUUACCACCUUCCCCAAGAAGAGUGAUGAAGAGGAAUUUUCACACAUGAUUUUACUUCACGACAUACACGUAAUUUUUAAUGUACCGACGCAGGUUGAUGAGCUACCUGGAUACACUAAAGUGGAUGCUGCCCAUGGACGUUGGCCGCAGGAUGGCUUCUGUCAAGUAGCUUACCUUAGAGACGGCAGUACAUUAAGUUAUCAGCUCUCAGUCGAUAUGUACAACUUCAUUGGACGUGACGGAGUCAACUUUGGUCGCCCAGGAGUGUUGUUAAACGCCGAAGAUCAAGACAACUAUGAUUACGUCUAUUUUAGGUUUGUUGCAAUUUAUACACGCGUAAGAGGGAAGUUGUCACUAUUUUGAUUUCAAACCAGAGCGACAAUCUGAAUUUUUCAAAAUCUUCUUACGACCAGCUUCGUUUACGAAAAUGAUUUUGGGGGUAUUAGAAAUUCUAUGUGUCGAAGAUGAGGAGUGCUAUAUUAGCUGACAUGUUUUCGUGACUCAGUUAUGUAAUAAGCUUUUUAGGUCUUAUAAUCGCAUUCGCUUAUUUUAUGUAUUGUUUCUUUUUAUUUCCCAGGCCUCAUUCAUCCAGCGGAUGUUUUCAGACGGGUUACGUUUACAAAGGUCAACCAAAAUUUGACGGAGCAAAGUCCGCCUCUUGCCCCAACGGUCCCCCCAAGGGAGCAGAGUGGUUCAACAUCAGGGUGGUGGUGUCGAACUCCACUCCUGCCGGGGAAGUGAAGGUCUACCUCAAAGGAACAUUGGUGACAUCAUUCAACCCGCGCUAUCCAAUCAGAAAACGUGGUGGUGUCUUGGUUACAACAAUGUGGUUUAUUACAAGAACUUUAAGUUUAUGUAAAGCAGUCAGUGUUUCCUCAAUUUAA